AUGAUAACAUUCUUGGCCCUGAUGCCUAUGUCGUUCUUAUUAAUAGAUGGAAUACCCUAUCAGAUGACAAAAAAGAAGCAACCUUUCCACGAGUUGCACCAAAUUUUAUUGUAGAACUGCGUUCCAGUAGUAGUACAUAUAUAAGUUGUCAUAGGAAAAUGUUAACUUGGAUAAAUGCAGGAGUUGAAGUAAGUAGCUUAAUCUUGAUUAGA